AUGAAGCGAUCCAUUCUUUCCACGGUCGUGGCCAUUGUCACCCUCUCUUCUACCAAGGCCUUUGUGCCCGCUAAAUUGCAACGAAAUGCUUUCCAACGCAAUGCAGCCACUGGGACUGACAUCAAGGUUGAGAAACCAACUGGAACAUCAUUUCUUCCCGAAGAAACUGUCGAAAGAGCCAAGGCUGGAAGCCCAAUUGAAAAGAACAAGCUGGCUAAGGACCCAGUCAAUUCUUGGAUCGAUGUCUACGAAUAUGCUCGAAAGAUCAGAGAAGGGGAAAUGACUUGGGAAGAAGUCGAGAAGGCCGAUCUUGACUGCCGUCUCAAAUAUGUUGGUAUGCUCCACAGAGGAAAACGCACUCCUGGGCAAUUCAUGAUGCGUCUCAAGGUCCCCAAUGGAAUUGUUAACUCUGACCAAAUGAGAUUCUAUGCCGACAGUGUUGAAAAGUACGGAGAGGGAGGAGUUGUUGACAUUACUACUCGUGCUAAUAUUCAGCUUCGUGGUGUGAAGAUUGAAGACGCUCCUGAUAUCAUUGAUGGCCUUCAUGCACGCAACCAAACUUCUUUCCAAUCCGCUUUGGAUAGUGUCAGAAAUAUGGUAGGAUCUCCUUUGGCAGGCAUUGAUGACAAAGAAUUGGUGGACACACGUGAAUUGUGUAAUGCCUUGAACGACUUGGUCAGUUUGGACCCAGUCACUGAGACUCGGGGAAACCCACAGUGGGCCAAUCUUCCCCGCAAAUUCAACAUGGCCAUUUCUGGUUCCAGAGAUGAUUUCGCUCACACUCACAUCAACGAUAUUGGUUUGCAGCCAGUAGCUCAUGCCGAAACCGGGGAAAUGGGUUUCAAUGUUGUCUUGGGAGGAUACAUGUCUAUCAAACGAGUCGCUGAAUCCAUCGAUUCCAAGAUGUGGAUUCCCGCCGACCGUAACUCGGUCGUUAGUCUUUGCGAGGCCAUCCUUCGAGUCUUCCGUGACGAAGGCGAACGUAAGAACAGACAAAAGGCUCGUCUCAUGUGGCUUGUUGAAGAGUAUGGCGUAGAUGGAUUCAAGGAAGCCAUCAUCAAGGAGGUCGAGAGCUAUGACAGAGGGGUCAUGAUCGAAGACAGUCAACCAGCGGCUACAGGAGCUUUUGAACGUCGUGAACUCUUGGGUGUUCAACCACAAAAGCAAGAGGGGUUGAAGCGUGUCGGUAUCUUGGUCCCCACCGGUCGCCUCAGUCCUGUAGAAUGCAGAAAUCUUGCCGAUCUUGCUGAUAAGUACUCCGAAGGUGAAAUUCGAUUGACUGUUGAACAAAAUGUCAUUCUGCCAAAUGUUGACGAAGGCAAAAUCGAUGAUCUCUUGGCUGAAGGUGUGCUUGGUGGAGGCAGCCGCCUCAGUGCAACCCCUGGGUUUAUUGAAGGAAAUGUCGUCAGUUGUACCGGUGCUCAAUUUUGUCCUUUGGCCUUGGUCGAAACCAAAUCAAACGCAGAGAAAAUGGCAAAGAAGCUAGAAUCGCUUGUCACCGUUGAUAGACCAAUCCGUAUUCACUGGACUGGAUGCCCAAACAGCUGUGGACAAGUGCAAGCUGCAGACAUUGGUAUCAUGGGAGCUCCCGCGAAAAAGGAGGUCGACGGGAAGCAAAUGGCAGUUCCAGGCUGCAAGAUUUUCGUCGGUGGCAGAAUUGGGGAAGAUGCCCACUUGGCCAUGGAGCCUAUCAAGACUGGAAUCCCGCUCGAGGAUGAAUAUUUGAUCCCCGAGUUGAUUGCAAUCCUGAAGUCGGAAUAUGGAGCAGUUGAGAAGUAA